AGUCACGACGUCUACGUAUAAAUAAAUCGUAUAAUUUAGCAAAAAAAAAAGAUGAAAAUAAGUUUUUUAUUAGUGUAUCUGAGUUUUAAUUUCGUGUUCUGCUAUGAAGUGCCUCGGGCUCAGUUUGAGGCUAUUUACCCUAAAGGAUUAAAAGUUUCUAUUCCCGAUGAUGGUUUCACCCUCGUCGCCUUCCAUGGCAAACUUAACGAAGAAAUGGAUGGUUUAGAAGCCGGUACAUGGUCUGCUGAUCUUAGCAAACCCGAAAACGGUCAAUGGGUAUUUAGAGAUAAUAAUGUCGAGUUAAAGAUUGGUGACAAAAUAUACUUCUGGACGUAUGCUAUCAAGGAUGGCCUGGGUUACAGACAGGAUGAUGGCGAAUGGACUGUUGACGGAUACGUCGACGAAAAUGGCAAUCCAAUUAGAAUAAACGAACCAUCUACAGAGGCUCCAUUCACAGACCCUCCUACCGACGCGCCUACCGACGCGCCUACCGACGCGCCUAUCGACGCGCCUACCGACGCACCUACCGAAGUUCCUACCGAACCUCCUAUUGAACCUCCUACCACCACUAUUAUUACCACUACCACAGUGACACCUCCAGCACCAACUACAGAAUUCAACACAGACCCGUACAAAUACCCUUGUAAGAUAUCCUUGAGUAAAGUGACGACUCCCGGCUUUGUUUGUCAAGGACAGCUACUGUUCGAAGACACUUUCGAUGGGGAUCUGGAUAAGGGAAGAGUUUGGACUCCGGAAAUCAAAAUGCCUGGAGCACCUGAUUACCCAUUCAAUGUGUAUUUAUAUGAUAGAAACGUUCGCACGGACAGCGGUAAAUUAAUUAUAGAACCAAUGACUUUGGAAUCAAAGUAUGGAGAUGGAUUUAUAUGGGGAUCUUUGGACCUUACUCAAAAAUGCACUGGUAAAAUUGGGUCUAGGGAGUGCUAUCGGGAAGCAUUUGGUCCUGAGAUCCUCCCGCCGAUAAUAACCGGAAAAAUUAACAGUAAAAAACGAUUCGGCUUCAAGUAUGGUAAAGUAGAAGUCGUAGCUAAAGUACCUCUUGGAGAUUGGCUGAUACCAGAGAUCCAACUGGAGCCAUUAUACAAUGACUACGGAAGACAGCAGUAUGCUUCUGGCCUUUUGAGAAUAGCCAUGGUUAAAGGGAACGUUGAGUUUGCCAAGAAACUCACUGGAGGCCCUAUUAUGUCAGACGAAGAUCCGUUUAGGAGCAUGUAUUUAAAAGAAAAGAUUGGAUACGAUAAUUGGAACAAGGCAUAUCACAACUACACCUUAGUUUGGAAACCAGAUUCAAUCGAACUAUACGUAGACGGUGAUAAAUACGGGCAAGUGGAUGCCGGGGAGGGUUUCUAUCAGGAAGCAGCUAAGUACCACGUGGAGGCUGCUAAUCAUUGGCUGCAGGGAUCUGCUAUGGCACCUUUUGAUGAAAUGUUCUACAUCUCCCUCGGGUUACGAGUAGGCGGUAUCCACGACUUCGCAGACAGCCCAAACAAGCCCUGGAGGAACAGGUCCACCAGAGCCAUGUUCAAAUUCUGGAAGGCCAGGGACCAGUGGUUCCCAACUUGGUUCACAGAUACGAGCGCUUUGAGAGUAGAUUCUGUUAGAGUAUACGCUUUAUAAAUGUGAUAUAUUUAUAUUGAAAUAAAGUUAUGUGUAUUUGUA